AUGAGCUACUACAACCGUCGUCGUUCUCGCUCAUACAGCUCAGACUCCUCAUCAUCAAGCUCCAGCUCAGGCUCGAGGUCGAACCGGCUGCCAAUCCGUGCCGUUGCCGUCGCGCCAACGUAUGCAGUUCAAGCGACUCCGUUGGGUCCAUUCGCCCAACCCGUACCUGUUAACAACUUCUCGGCUGUCGGUGGCGGAGUUCAAGCGUUUCCGCCUCAGAUUCCUCCACAACAAUACCAAGGUUCUAAUUACGGUAUCAAUCAACAGCCAGGAUAUGGUCGGCCACCUAUCGGAAGCGGCGUGCAAGCCAACGUCCAGCCACCUUACCCAACUUCGCAGAACUUCAAUCAGCAGUACCCUCCUCAAGGCUACAACAUCAAUCAACAAGCAGGCUACGGAGUAGGACAGCCUCCAGUCGGCUCUGGAGUGGGAGCUGGUUUUCAACAGCCGUACCAGAACUCUGGAAAUCCCUAUGGAAAUAAUCCUCAGAUGCCGUAUGGUCAAGGAAACCAAUAUCCUUACAAUCCCAAUUUUCCCAGAUAA